AUGGAAGCAAAUCCAGGUGUUACAGUGAUUGGAGCAGAAGCUCCAUCAGCUUAUCACAUGGCGCCAAGGACAGAUAAUGCUAGACAGAUUGGUGGCGGCUCAACGGCGGUGGAGGCUUCACUAGUUAGUGUAGGAUUAACUGGUAGUAUAGAAAAGAAGAAGAGAGGUAGGCCAAGGAAAUAUGGACCAGAUGGGACAAUGGCAAUGGCAUUGUCGCCAAUGCCUAUUGCCUCAUCUGUCCCGCCUGGAGGAGGCGAGAUCUCUGGUGGAGGAAAGCGGGGGAGAGGGCAAGGCGGUGGUUAUCAGAAGGGAAUGGAAAUGGAGAAUUUAGGUGAGUGGGCUGCUACGUCUGUAGGAACAAAUUUUAUGCCACAUGUCAUCACUGUCAAUGCCGGUGAGGAUGUAACGAUGAAGGUGAUAUCAUUUUCUCAACAAGGACCAAGAGCUAUUUGCAUCUUAUCUGCUAAUGGAGUAAUUUCAAAUGUUACACUUCGUCAGCCCGAUUCUCCAGGGGGUACUCUGACGUACAAGGGUUGUUUUGAGAUACUUUCCUUGUCCGGAUCCUUCAUGCCUACAGAAACGCAAGGAACAAGAAGUCAAUCUGGUGGGAUGAGUGUCUCUUUGGCAAGUCCUGAUGGCCGUGUUAUAGGGGGAGGAGUUGCUGGGCUUCUGGUAGCUGCCAGUUCUGUACAGGUUGUUGUAGCUAGUUUUUUACCGGGCAACCAGCAUGACCAAAAAUCCAAGAAGCCGAAAAAUGAGUCUGUACUAGCUACCGUUGCACCAAACCCGAAUAUUGUUGUUGCACCUGUUUCAGAUGCAGAAAAAGAAGAUGGAAUCGAUGGACUUUUGAACCAAAACUCGAAUGGCCCGAAACCGAACUUUGCUACCACUACAUUCUGA